AUGACUGGCGGCGGCAAGUCUGGUGGCAAGGCCUCUGGCUCCAAGAACGCUCAAUCCCGUUCCUCCAAGGCCGGUCUCGCGUUCCCCGUUGGUCGUGUCCACCGUCUUCUGCGCAAGGGCAACUAUGCCCAGCGUGUCGGUGCCGGUGCUCCCGUCUACCUCGCUGCCGUUCUCGAGUACCUCGCUGCUGAAAUCCUCGAGUUGGCCGGUAACGCUGCCCGUGACAACAAGAAGACCCGUAUCAUUCCCCGUCAUCUCCAGCUCGCCAUCCGAAACGAUGAGGAGUUGAACAAGCUUCUGGGCCACGUCACCAUCGCCCAGGGUGGUGUCCUCCCCAACAUCCACACAAACCUCCUGCCCAAGAAGUCUACCGGCAAGGGUGGAAAGGGACCCAGCCAGGAGCUGUAA